UCAAACAAACAGGAUUCAAACGCAAAACUAUCCUCUCUAGCUACGUGUUUGUCUACUUAUAUAUAUAUACACACCCACACCCAAAAAGAUACACAACACUUUCUCCGUUUGAAAAAAUGUCACCGGGUAUCGGAAAAUGCAACAAAAUCCGUCACAUUGUCAGAAUCCGGCAGAUGCUCCGGCGUUGGCGCAAGAAGGCGGCGUUAUCGUCAUCAUCGUCAUCUAUACGUGUCCCCGGCGUCCGUGUGCCGUCCGAUGUGCCAGCGGGACACGUGGGUGUCUGCGUGGGAACCAGUUGUAGGAGAUUCGUGGUGCGUGCGACGUACCUGAACCACCCCAUCUUCCAGAAGCUCUUGGUUCAGGCAGAAGAAGAGUACGGCUUCACCAACCAAGGCCCGUUGGUCAUACCCUGCGACGAGUCGCUUUUCCAAGAGAUUCUCCGAUUCGUGGCCCGAUCCGAGUCUGCUAACUCGGCCCGGUCCGUCAACCUCGAUGACUUCCAGAGAUGCUGCCACGUGGGCUUCAGAGAGAAUCUUGAUAUUUUGGCUGAAUCUCGACCGUUGCUUCAUGGGUUUGCUGAUAAAUCAGUCUGUUAAGUGGGACCUCACUCGGUGGCUUGACCUGGUUGAUCCGGUUUGACUCGGCCGAGUUGAACGAGUUUGUCAAACUAACUGAAUUCAACUAUUAUUUUUUUAACCGUUUGAUGAUUGAGUUUGUUUUCUUUUACUUCUUUUCUUUUUUUUUUUCUUGGGCCAGUGACUCAUUGAGUGAGUUGUGCUUGGAGAUGGCAAAGUUGUGGUUGUAACUCAACCGAGUCGUCCCGAGUUCAAGUAUUAUGUUUAUCGGGUUCUCUUGUAAUUUUUUUUAUUCGUUGCUGAGUAGUUAGUAGUAGUAAUUUGUAGGAAUUGUAGAGAUAUUUAAAAAGGUGUUUUGGUAUUAACUACAAAGUUUAUGGAAAUAACAAUUAUAGUUUGUGCA